CAAACAGCAGGAAAAAAAACUUCGGCAAAAAUGGCGGAGGGUGCAACGUCUCUGAAAGGGUUGCGGGCGCAAAUGGCUGCAGCUGCGCAGGCGCAGGCAGAGGAACGGCGCAGCCAGGCAGGGAACAGCCCAACACCACCAGCUCCAGCCAGCACAAUGAAGAGCCAGACCAGGCCAGUCAUUGAUGGGGCAGCCAUGAGGAUAGACGACAAACUCCGAGUGGCCAAAGAGAGGAGAGAAGAGCAGGAAAAGCAACAUGCGGCCCGUGAGACUCAGCUCCUGGAGCGAGAGCGCAAGACCCAGCUGCAGGUGGAGAGACAGAUGGAGGAGAGGCAGAAGAAGCUGGAAGAGCAGCGCAGGAAAGAGGAACAGAGGAGAGCUGCAGUGGAGGAGAAAAGGAAACAGAAACUAGAGGAGGAAAAGGAGCACUAUGAGGCCGUGAUGAGACGUACCCUGGAGCGCAGCCAGCGAGUUGAGCAGAGACAGAAGAGGUGGUCCUGGGGUGGACUUUCAGACUCUGACAACAAAAAUGCUCGCCGCUCGUUGGCUGCCCCCGUGGAUAGCAGUGUCCUCAGUCGGCUGCUCACACCCACCCAGGCCUCGCUAGCUAGAAGCAAGAGUGCUGCGGCCCUGUCCGCCGAAGGAGGCGACAUCCAAGAGUCUCACCUGUGUCCUCGUUCAGCAUCUGCAAGCCCCAUGCAGCCCUCGGCCCGUGGAGCCCUACGCAGUCGCAGCAGCGAUCGAAAGAAAGGCCCGCCUACUUCCGUGUCAGCAGAUGCCAUUUGCAGUAUGACACAGCAGAAAGGUGAGACUGAGAAUCGCUUCACGUCACCAGUAGGAAAACGCCCUGCCUCGCCCUCCAGUCGUCACCGAUCCCCGUCUCCUUCUCCCGCUGCUAACACCACCACAAGAGCGCCCUCACCUGGAGCAGCCAAGCAGAGUCCACACUUCCGCCCUUCUUCCCCCAGUGGUUUGAAACAGCGGCCUCCAUCCCCUCAGCCCUCUGCCACAUCCAAACCUCCACCCAUCCAGAAACCUGCUCUCACCCCCACCGGCCCACCUACCCUUCGCAAGAGGGACUCUAAACCAAAGGAUAUGUCUCCCAUGAUUCCUGUCACCCCACAGUCUCCAGAAACCAGCACACCCAGCCCGGCACCCGCACCCAAGACCAAAGAGGAAUCCAGUUCCAAAGCUGUCGCAGGAAAUAACUCGGCUGCAGAGGCUUCUAAGAUCCUGGCGGAAAACCGACGUCUAGCACGCGAGCAGAAAGAGAAAGAAGAGCAACUCCGCAUACAGAAAGAAGAAGAGGAGAGGCUGAGGAAAGAGGAGGAGAAGAGGCUGGCGGAGGAGGAGCACUUGAGGCGUGCAGAGGAGGAGAAGAGGCUUGCGGAGGAGAGGAAGAGAGAAGAGGAGGAGCAGGCUCUUAUAGCAGAGGAGGAGAGACAGCGAAUGGAGCAGGAGGAGCAGCAAAGACAGGCUGAGCUAGAUAAAGAGCGCGAGGAGGCUGAAGCAAAGGCCCAAGAGGAAGCAGAGAGGCAGCGUCAGGAGAGAGCACGCAUUAUGCAACAGAACCAACAGGAGCGCAUGGAGAGAAAGAAGAGAAUUGAAGAAAUUAUGAAGAGAACCAGAAAAACAGACCAAAUCGAUUUUAAGAGUAAUGAUGAGAAAGACAUUCCUGAUGAAGACGGAGAGGAGGCUGAGGAACAAAUAAACUGUGAAAAUAAGGAGAAUGAGGCUGUCGAGUCAGAGCAGAAUGCCAAGAAGACCGAGCCAUCAGACUCUCAGGAGCGUCACUUAUCUGUGGAGGAGCCAGUCACAGAGCAAGACGGGCCAGUUAUUAGUAUGAACACACGAACAGAUGUGGACAACAAAGAGUACAGCAAUGGACCCAGCACAGAGGAUCCCUCAGUGGACAGCAGCCCACCUCCUAAGUCCUGUCUGAUGGAGGGCUCAGAGUUUGUGAACGAGGACGCUAAAGUGAACCUGGUGCAAGAGUUGAAUGGUAAAGGAGGAUCCUGGAGCUUCGAAGAGCUGAUCGAUCUGGGUGUUCAUACGAAGAGCAAACCCCUGAUGGACGAUGGGAGCCCUGAGGGGCCUAGAGUGGCCUUCGAAGAGAAAACCAGCUCAAUUCAUCCAGCCCAGCCCAUUGAAGCCCUGUCUGAGAUGUGAAUGUGCAGGUCUGUCUAAGGCCUGCUGAUUAUUGCACUCCGUGAGUCACGUCCAGCUGAGCCUCAGAGUAUCAGCGCUCAGACUCGUCUGGACAGCCAGGGAAAGCGCACAGUGCCGCACAGCCUCUGCAGAUAAUAGACGGAUAAGGCAAGAAAAAAUAAAGACAAGUUGGACGUAACAAGCUAAAGAAAUGCUUCAGGGAAAAUGAUAGAUUCCUUCAGUGUGCUUGCUUCGUUUAUCAGCUCUACAUCUUUAUAAUAUUGACAUCAGGAUUAGUUUUUUUCCAUACAUUUCUUAAAUGUUUUUUUUUUGUUUUGUUUGGCUUUUAAAUGUGGAGACAACUUAUUUAUUCAUGCGGCUUCUUCACAUUUAAACGGCUACGGUCUCUUGACGGUUACCACGUGCACUUUUUUGCUAAAUUCCAGGUGUUCACGUGGCACAUAUGAAUUCGUUAUAGCUUCAACUUUAGCGUUUUGUUGAAUAAUCUGGUUGGUCGAGUCAGUGUGAAGCAUUUUGAAAAAGGAAAUUCUCACAUAUCUUCAGCUGACAUUGGUUCCAAUCACAGACGUACUAAUUAAAACCCUGUGUCUGAACUGUUGAGCGGAGCUCAGGAAUGUGAUCCAACGUAGAAGCAUGAGGUUAGACGGGCUGCUAGUGCAGCAACUCUCCUGUUCUGAUGUGCUUUUAAUGUGACCUCAGGAUAUUUUCCUCUAAGCUUCUGUUUCUCCUCUCUAAAGGCAUAAACAUCACCACUGUAUAGUGUUUAACACUAUAUCCCGUGCAACAACUUAAGCAUUCCUACUGUGUAACACUUGUAGAUAGCAAAUCUCUCUCGAGAUGUUUCAUUAAAACCGUUUACCAGACUGAUUCUAAUUCAAAUGGAGUGCAAACAUGUUCAUACUGCCUUGAGCUCUGAGACUGAAGGAUGAUGGGGCUCAAUGCAGACUGAUGUAACACUUUUGUUUAAUGAGGUUUUUAUGUUCGUUCCUGUUCUGUAGUAAAUACCUGUAUUGUUGAUAUCCUGUUCUGCCUGUACAUAAAUAUGACUAGUUAGCAAAUAUCUAAUUUAAGUGACCCUCAAUAUGUCUGCAUGAAUCUAUCUGCUACUAUAUUGCAUAACAUAACACAGAGAAUUACUGUAACUCCUACUUGCACACUUUCUGCAUGUUUCUGUUCCCUGGAGUUUGAGGAAACGUGUUCCAGUGGCUAAACUUGAAUGAUUUCAUAUUCUGCAAUGCCCAAAGUCCCCUCAGGGUUGUACUGUACUAUCAGGUCCUGAUGUUUCUUCGUGUAUAUACAGUUACUGUUAGUUCUCACAUCCAUUCAUGGCCUAAAUAAUCACAAUAAAUGUAGUUUUCUCUUUAAAAAUGCAUAAAUAUAUAUUUAAAACUCUUCUAAGUAUUAUGUAAUCAGUAUUAGGAUGUCUGGCUAUACUUGUGGUUGGGAAUAAGAGCUAGGCAGCAGGUUGGUGUACUGUAUAGUGUGGUACAGCACUGUACUGUAAGAAAAGCUGUUGCUAAUCUAACAGGCCAGAUG